CGUUUGGAGUAUAAACAAAGGGAAAAAUGGCUUCUCAGAAAGCCAUGGACGAAUUGGCUCGACAGUCAGGUUUUGAGGAUUUGUCGUUUGCUACAAGGACAUAUCGUCCGGAAUAUGCUUCCUCUCCAGACCUACGAGGAUCAUACAGACCUCAGCGCGCGAUUCGAACUUCUGAAAUGGAAUCUACGCUUAGAGCCAAACUUGCUUACACUUCAGGGGGGCGCGAUCGGGACGGCCGAAAUAUUUUGACUAUACCAGCCGGAAAAACUGAAGAUUUGAGCGUAGAUCGGCUUGGAGAUACACUUUCCUACUUAACGCAAUCACCAAGGGAUGGAAGACAAGGACAGAUGUACAUGGUUAUCAUUGACCUUAGGGGCUCAUCCUGGAAAUCUGCAAAACCUCUACUUAGAACUCUUCAGGAAACGGUUCCAGAAAAGGUGCAUGAAGUCUAUAUUAUUAAGCCUGAUGCUUUCUGGGAGAAACGGCGCUCAGGAACUGGUCUCAGAAAGGAACAAUCUAGUGUUGCAUUUCAGACGACAUUGUUGUCAUCAUCAAGUAAACUUCAUCAGUUUGCCGAAGGAAGUCAACUCACCCAAGAGCUGGGUGGUUCUUUAUCAUAUAACCACAACAGAUGGAUUGAUACUAGAUUGGAAAUUGAGCAACUUUCAGAUCCGUCAGUCUCUUUGAAUGAAAAAUUUGAUGAAUUGGAAGAAGACCUAGACACCCAUCAGCUAGGAAACAACAUAGCAGAUACAGAUGGCCUGAUUCGUCAACAUGAAACAAAGAGGGCACUGUUGGAUAAUGUUGCCUAUCCUCUUAUCCAAAGAGGGGAACACCUCAUCAGCUCAAUUAAAGCUAAUGAACCUCCUAUACCACCAAGCCAGAAUUUCCCUGGCAGUCCUGCUUCUUUACCAAGCCAAGAGCGUCAGCAGGUGGAAGGUAUUGUGACUCAACUAAACCUGAGAUGCAGCCAGUUGAUGGACAUGUGGGAAAAGAGAUGGAAAGAGUUGAUACAGUGUAUGGAUCUACUGGAGUUUGAUGCAGGAUAUCAAAAGGUGACUGACUGGGUCCUUGGGCCAGGAGAGUCAUAUUUAGCCAAUUCCAAUGAUAUUGGAGAUUCUGUUAUCUCCUGUGAGAUUCUGAGGAAAGAGCAUGAGGAAUUAGAGCUGUCUGCCAGGGAAGUGAUAAACCACUUCGCUCAGGUGCGUGAACUUGCCAAGAAAAUGCUCCAGGAAAAUCACUAUGCCUCCAGAGAUAUUAAGAGUCGCAAGGAAUUCCUAGACAGAGGUUGUCGUAACUUUGCCUUGCGGAUGAACAGAAGGAGAGAUAUCAUACUCACAUCACUUAAAUUUCACAAAAGUGCCGGAGAGUGCUCAGUUAAUUUGGAUGACUUAUUUGAACUGCUGUGUUCGGAUUCUGUUCUUAUGUACGACUAUGAGUCCGCAGAGAGCAUGCUCAGAACACUGGAAGAGAAGGCUGAGGCCGUUUCCGUUUCGUCUGAGGACACCUUGCGAGAUGCAUUGGCUGUUCAAGAAUUGAUGACAAGCCCAAUGUCCAAUAUGCGGGGUGAUGACGUCACUCAGGAUUAUGAAAAGGGCAUUGCGCAUGUGCGGCUCACUUUGGACGAACUAAGAGAGCGGAAACUUCGCACAGACGAGUUGUGUGAUGUGCGCAGAAUCAAACUGCAGCAACUGUUGCAGCUCAAACAGAGCGAACGAGAUGCUGAGCAGGCAACUGUGUGGAUAAGUCAACUGCGUGACGCAACGGAGCAUAACCUGGGAGAUGUGGGAAGGAACUCUGAGGAUAUCGAGGCUCUGCAACAGGAACAUGAGAAGCUUGAAACUACAGCUAAAAGUACAUAUGAUUAUGGUCGACAAUUUCUCCAGGCCUCAUUAGUUCUCCGUCGCACGUGUCGCUAUGAACUGACCCCAAACUAUCAAAUGGAGGAAAAGUUAAACAGCGCUUGGAGUGAAUUUUCAUCGGCUAUGGCUGAACGAGGAGCGAGACUCUCUGUGGCGCUCAUGUUUCGUCGGAGCGCGGAGAAGCUUGUCCAAGAUAUUGAGGGGCACAGAGGAAGAUACAUGAGAGAGGACCUCCUGGAAGACCUCACAGCUGAGUUCAUCGAGGAAGAAAUUCGCCGACACUCUGAAACAAGACACUCUAUCGACAAAGAAUACGCUGAGACGGUUGCCAUGGGGAAAACCUUGAUUGACAGAAUGCAAUUACCUCCACUGUAUGGAGAGAACGGGACACCAAAUCGGCCUCCUCAUCUCUUAGAGGAAUCUCUGGCCGACUUGGAGGAGAGAAAAAUGGCCUGGGAAAGAGUGUGGCAAGACAGGGACGAGCGACUCCGCCAUUGGUUGAAACUCGGAGACUAUGAACAACAGAUGCGAGAGCUUCUUCAGUGGGUUAAAGACAGAACCAGCGAAACAGAAGAGAACAAACACAUGAUUGGUGAAAACCUGACCGAAGCUGAAGCGCUUAGUGCUGACCUACAGGGACUGGAAGAAAGACUCAAGGAAAAAGAAAGAGAAGUUGCUGAGCUCAUUCAGAUUAUCAAGUCAAUACAUGUAGCUUCAGCAGAAGAUCAAAGUAACAGACCCUAUGGAAGGAUGGCAGAUUCUCUAGAAGAGGCCUGGAAUGACCUUAAUGUUCAAUUAGAGGGAAGGAGGAUACUUCUUGACACCUCAGUUGCUUUUCAUCACAGUGUAGAGAAGUUUUCUGAUAAAAUCAAUACCUCAGAAGAUGAAAUCAGCCGAACUCUUUUAGUGGAAGAUGUGACAUCAUCAUCAUCAUUGCUUCAUCAACAUCAGGAACUAAGAAAAAGUGUAUUGGAAUUAUCCAUGCAGACUUUAUCUAAAGGACAAGCUCUCUUGGACAAAUUACGAGAGGCUAGUUCACAUGCUGACAUAAACAACCAUCAUGCCACAAAAGCAGCAUGUUACAGUGUGGAACGUAUUCUGGAAGCCCUGCAACACAGGCGAAAGCAACUUGAUGAACAGUGGAAAGAGCGAAAAAAAGUUUUGGAGCAGUGUAUGAAAAGAUGCAAGAUUGAUGAAGAAAUAAGACAGAUCACAAAAUGGCUAAAUGAGGAAGGAGAGGAUUAUCUUAGCUAUCAAGACUAUGGAGACUCGGCACCCUCAACUCAAGUUCUCCUCGAUGAACACUUCAAAUUUGAGGAAGUGGCAAAGGAAAAGGAAGAGGCUGGCCAGAGGCUUGCACGAGAAACAGAAAAGCUUAUGCAUGGAAACUUCAGUGACAUACAGGAAACACAGCAAAAAAUUACCCUGCUACUAACAAACCUGCAGUUAUUCAAAGAACGUUUGGAAGAUAGAAGGAAACUACUGACAGAUACACUAACCUUUUACAAGAAAAACAGCAGAGCACAUGAUAAGCUUGAUGAAAUAAGAGACAAAAUUACAGAAGAAAAGCUGACCAUUGAAGAUCAAAAGGAGCUGUAUGGAGCAAUCAAUGCAGCAUCUGCAGCUCAACUGCGAGACGGAAAGAUAUUGCAAGAGAAAAUGGCAGAUGGGAAACACCAACCUGUGAUUGUGAGAAUGUAUGAAGAAUUGCAGGAGAGAAGUACAGCUAUGCUUGUUAAUGUUGAACCUGAUCUUGCUGACAAGGAAUUUGAAGAUCUCUGUGGUUGGAUUAGGAAUGUUGGUGAAGACUUUCUUGAUAGCAACACAGUAAUGGGUGAUUCUGUCAAAACAUCACAGGAAUUUCUGUAUUCACAUCAAGAACUGGAUUCUGAGAGACAGGCUUUUGCAGAUCAAAUGGCCAAAGCGAUUGAUGUGUCGAAUGUGCAAUCAAAAAAAGAUAUUGUAAAAGUGAAAGAUAUACAAGAUUUGUGGAUGAGGUUUUCUUCUCGACUUGAAUACAGGCUUAAGCUGGGGAAAAUGUACUUUGAUUUCCAUCGCCAUAGACAACUGCUGUUUGGGAAAUUGGAUGAGCUCUUCAAUCAGCUGACAAGUGAUGAGCCUAAAGAGAAUGUUGAUGCAUCACCUGCAUUACUUGUACAGCAAGAACAACUGCAGGAUGCCAUUCUUUCAGCCUCUGGACAAAUGCAGAGAGAGUCACAAGCACUUCUUGAUGAGUUGCAAAAAGAACCCAGAGAGGAGUGUUUGGACAGAGGGGCAGCUGCUGAUUGCAUACAGAAGUUCCUGGCAACUCUAGAGGCAAGGGUUCACAAGCUUGGCCAGCUUUGGAACCUAAGAGAAGAACAACAAAACAAGAACAGACAGCUGAGUGCUGAGUUUGUGCAGUUUGAAAAAGACACCAGGGAGGUCAUACUAUGGAUUAAAGAACAGAGUGAUACAUUUUUCCCUGUCAAAGUAGACUACAGUUCCCUUCCCAUUGACCCAAGAGAGUUAGAAGACAAGUUGCAAAAGUUCAAAGAUGCUGCAAGGCGCACUGAUGAAGAUGUUCAAGCACAUCUACGUGCAGCAGAGGAGCUGUCAGAGGCAGAGGGUAGCUACAAAGCAGCCAUCAGAGUCAUUACAGAUGAACUUCAGAUUGCUUAUCAAAGGUUUAAGACACUGCUAGCAGAUUAUGAGGUUUUGCUGUCAAUGUCAGCAACAUUUUACUCAAGCGUUGAAAAACUUCUCCAAAUGAUGGAUGAUAUGACAUAUGGCCUUCAAAGCCAACCCCUCCCCAGAGACAUCAACAACUCCCAGCUCCUUCUACAGGACCAUCUCGCCAACUACCAGACAGUUCAAGACCUGUACAGCUUCACCACUGUUAGUGCACAGGAUGUCUUAAGCCGUGCUUCCACUUCAGCAGCUGUCUCUGUAUCUCGUGAUGAAAUCAAGGGCUUCCUUGAGAGAUCAGAAGGAAGACAUGAGGAGUGGAGGUCUCUUUGGGAACACCAUAGGGACAAAUUGUUAGAAAGUGUGCGAUUGUGUGAAUUUGAGCAGGCUAUCAGUGCAGUCAACUUGACCAUAGAGGAGCACACCAGAGAACUGCUUGCUCUAAACAGAAAGUUUGGAGUCACUCUACUUGAUGCUGUUACUUUGCUUCAAGAGUCAGAUUCAUUUCUGGAGUCUGUUAAGCCAGCUGAUGUGGAAGUAGUAAGACUGGUUGAAGAAGCAGGGAAGUUGAAGCAAUUAAAUCAUCACGAUGCACCUGCCAUUAUGCGACAAGUUUCUGCAAUGGAAGCCCGCUGGCAGAGAUUUUUGUCCAGGAUGGAAGACCACAGGGCCAUGCUUGAAGCAUCAAUAGAGUUCCAUCAGAUUUAUGAACAGGCAUCAGUAUGGAUCAGUGAUAGUGAGCACUUCUUGAAAACCACCCAGGAUGAAGCAAAAAGGUGCAAGACAGAGGAGGAAGUCAUAGACCUUCUAGACAUGUUGGAAGGGUUUGUGAAGCCUGGGCUUAAUAAGCAAGAGGCACGACUGAAGAAGUUGGCUGAACUUUCAGCUAAGCUUACUAUGGAUGAACCUCGCUACCAAGCAAAGGAUCUUAUGACCAAACAGAAGCAGAUAACCACUAAGUUUGAUUUCAUGGAUAAUGACCUUUUCCGUUUAGCAGAGAGACUCAGAGAGAGAAAGCAGCGAGGACUUCCUCCCAAGGCAGAAGAAAUAACAGGAGAAAGUGUAGAGGCUUACGAGAAAGAAUUGCUGGAGACCACUCCUGACUCAUCAGGCUAUGAAAAACCAGUGCGUGUAAAUGUGUUGUCAUCAUUUGUUGAUGGAGUCUUGGGCAGCAAAAGACCUGGUGACCAGGUAGUAUUUGAAGAGGCCGGACCAGCCAAGCGUCCGCAGGUCUCAGUGCGAGUGAGGUCAGACACACCAGUUAGUACAGAAACUGAGCAAAAGAUAGAGCCUAUCAUCAAGUCAGAGAUCCAGGGUUGGUUUGAAGGUGGAAAAGCUCUGAAGCCAGUGGAAAUCCCAGAACAUGAGAUUCUGGUUCACAUCAGUGAAGAUACGAAGCGAGAACCUAAUCAGAUGGAUCUAGCUCCUUGGGGUGUAGAAGUGGUAAAGAAAGAUGUUACAGUGACCUCCUUAGGGCCUUAUGUCAACACAGACAUUGAAGUUGAAACAGCCCUCCACACACAAACAUUUCCACCAUCUUCAGCAGACCAAGCUCAGCUUACGAGAAAACGUGUAUGGAAAACAACAACAAGGGAGACUACUACAAGUAUAAAACAAGAGACAAGAACUGAAGUAGAGGUGCUGGUUCCAGAAAAACCAGAAAUGAUGUCAAAUCUCUAUGUAUUUGGUUGUUUGCCAAGCUCUGAGAAUCUGAGCGUUGAAGUGCGGUCCAAGAAAACUGUGGAAAGUACACCAGACACCGUGGAAAAGACCAGCCCAGAGGAAAUAAACAGGGUGGAAGGAGAGAUGAAAAGAGCUAACGAGAACAUCUGUAGGAAAAUUGAAGAUUCCGUAGCAAGUACCCACAAACCAUUGCAGCAUACUAAACAUGCUGAGCUUCUCAUACCUCAGCAUGCUGGUUCAGUUCUGAUCUUCACACCACCAGACACCCCAAGAAGAGGGUCAGCUCCUUACGUUGAUUCAAGCAAGCUAGCAAAUGGCCACUCAGCUGACGAAGAUCAACCAAGGUUUGAGUCUGAAGUGCAUCUCAUGACCACACCCAGUGACUUCAACUUUGAUGCUGUAGAGUUAACUCUUCCGUACCCCUUUGUGAAUGGGGAAGGCCCUGACUCAGAUAAAGAGGCCAAGCUGCAUAGGAUGAAUGCCAUCACUGAUAAGUUAAUUGAAAGUGAGGGCAAAUAUGUGGAUGACUUGAGGUCGCUUGCAGAGGACUACAUCUAUCAACUUCCCAACGCACCAUCUGAAUUGGCUGAGAAUAAGGACACCAUUUUUAUCAACUCAGAAGAUAUCUUCUUCUUCCACAAAGUGAUCUUUUGUGACGAGUUGGCAAAGUGCAAAGGAAAUCCGUCAGAGGUUGGCAAAGUGUUCAAGAAGAGGGAACAUGAACUUGACAGAUAUAUAACCUUUUGUGUUGGAAAGAGUGACUCAGACAGGUUUUUGGAAUCACAGCCAAAAGAUUUUUUCGAGAAAUGUGAAAAUGAAGCGCCUUCUCGUCCCAUAAAGGAACUCUUAGAUCGGCCAGUUGAACGUGUUCUGGAAUAUAAAACCUUUCUUGAUGAUAUGUUGGAGUGUGGGGAAAAGGCUCAUGUGGAUACAGCUGACAUUGAGGCUGGUAAAGAAGUAGUUGAUCGUCUUUGUGCUGAAAUUAAUCAAAAGACUCGGUUUGAGAUCCCCUUCGCUCCUACUCCCAAAGAAGUUGAGUUCUGUAUAGCAUUAGAAGACUACAGAGAUGACCCUAACAACAUUUGCAUCCGCAAAGAAGAGACUGUGGUGGUUUUGGAUCGGGUGUCACAUCCUGGAAUGUACAAAGUAGUCAAACUUCUUGCAGAUGGUUCCCGAGGCAAUGAAAUUUGGGUUCCAGUGACAGUCCUUCAGCGGAAGAAGUCUACAGCAGAAAUCAUGAUGCCUGCAGAAUACACCGUGAAUCUCAAGUCCAAGCCCGGAUCUAAAUUUCCAGAUGAGGCUUCGGAAAGGAAAGUUGCAGAAGUGGCACCGGUAGAGUUCGUAUCAGCUCCAGUUGCUCCAGCAUUUACCUUGCCCUUGGAAAAUCUUAAGGCAGCUGAGGGCCAGCCAACACAGCUGGAGGUUCGCGUUACUGGUACUCCAGAGCCUCAAGUGGUAUGGCUUAAAGACGACCUUCCCGUCAGAUCUGGAGAGCGCAUCCAUACCGAGAAGGAUGGCAAUUUGUACAGCUUAAAAAUUUCUGAAGUUGAUAUUGAGGAUGAGGGAGUCUAUACAUGCCGCGCCAAAAACGUAGCAGGAUCAGCAACUUCCACGGCAGACCUAAAUGUUGAAUCCGGUGAAUCAGAGGGCGAACUUGACGUGAAUGAUGAAACUGACAGCUCUAAUUUAGCAAUAAAUCAAAAUCAACCACCCCAGUCAGUGACAUUAACUGUUCAUGGGCAAGAUGGAACUGAAUUUGCACCCCUUGAGGUUCAACUUCCCAAACCCGGUGAUAUAAGUGCUUCUGACAUCCAUUUGAUGACAGAGAGUAGGCCAACAUCUCGUCGAAGGUCUAUUCCCCCUGAAUUCACCACAGAACUAACAGACAAAACAAUUGAGGAAGGGGACUCUGUAGAAAUGCAGAUCUUUGUAACUGGCACACCUCCACCUGAAGUGAUUUGGUACAAAGAUGAUCAACCAAUCACAAUUUAUCCUCACAGGCGCUUCCAUGCAACCAGAGAAAAUGACAUCUGUAGCCUAGAAAUCAAGGAUGCGAGAUGCAGUGAUCAAGGAAACUAUAUAUGCCGAGCUAAGAACAGUGCUGGUGUAGUCACAAAAUCCUGUAAACUAACCGUGAAGCAAGUCACUCCAACAAGCCCUCCUGCUUUUGUUAAACUUUUAAAGGAUGUGCAUAUUGUGGAAGGCUCUUGCACUCGUUUCGAUGUGAAAGUUACAGGAAUGCCAGAGCCUGAGGUAACCUGGUUUAAAGACGGAGAGCCGGUUAAACAAGACAAGCAUUUGGAAAUUAUUCACGAUGAAGACACAUCUGCUUUGAUUCUUAUGUAUGGUACACUAGAAGACGCAGGUGACUAUACUUGUAAAGCCAGUAGCGAGGCUGGGAAUGCUGAAUCAUGUGCGCAUUUAUACAUAUCACCUUUACAAAUACCUGCCAAAUUUACGUCACAGCUAGAAAGUGUCGAGGUGUCUGAGGGAGAACUAAUCAAGCUUAAGUGCUCAGUGGUUGGAAAACCAGAUCCCAAUAUAAGUUGGUUCAAGGACCAACAAUUAGUUAACGAAAGUAAUAGGGUAAAAAUGAAAGUAUCAUCUGACAACAUCUGCGUAUUAAACAUUCUCAAGACGGACAUGGAUGACGAAGGAAUUUACACAUGCGCUGCAACAAAUACUGCUGGAGAGGACAUCACCUCUGCCACAGUGACAGUAAAUGGUGAUGGGAGUGCUCCGGAGUUUACCAAAGCUCUGCAAAAUACUGAAGUAUCAGACGGUGAUUCAGUUUGUUUGGAAGUUAGGGUUCAUGGGAAACCAACACCAUUUGUAGAAUGGCUUAAGGACACGAAGCUUUUAAAAUCUGGGCCGCGCUUUGAUACCCAAACAAGAGGAAAUACACAUACAUUUCUAAUUACAAAUUGUAGAGAUGACGAUGGUGGUACUUAUGCAUGCAAAGCAAGGAACAAGUUCGGGACAGCCUCUUGUGAAGCAGUGCUGGUUGUUGCAGAGGAUACUGUACCACCAAGAUUUACGAAGAAACUCUAUGACUCUACAGCAGAUUCUGGUAACACCGUUGAAUUUUCUGUCAAGUACAUUGGUAGUCCAGAGCCAAAAGUCAAGUGGUAUUUGGAUGAUGAGGAGGUUUCUGAAGACGACGAAGGUAUGGACAUUGAGACAGAACCAGGUUCAUCUUUGCUAGUACUUGAAGACAUAGCACCAAAUGACUCUGGACAGUACAAAUGCAUCAUAUCUAAUAUAGCAGGCAAAGCAGUGACAAGUGCACACCUGAAAGUGGUUGAUGAAGGUAAAGAAACAGUCCUAACUAGCAUUCAACAGAUUGUGGAGGCUGUGCCUCCCCCGGCAGAAAAAAGGCCCAGUGGUAAAGCGCCUCUCUUCAUGAAGGAACUGUCAACUUUUCAUGUCACUGAGGGAGAUGCAGUCCGAUUGGAAGUAAUAGUUGAUGGCUCACCUAGACCAGUUGUGCAGUGGUUUGUUGAAAGUGACCUUGUAGAAGAAGAUGAGCAUACACAUGUAGUCCAAGAGGGAAAUAAGUAUGCCUUGGUUAUCGAUGGAACAGUAUUGGACGACGAGGCUGAGUACAAGUGUGUUGCCAAGAAUUCUCACGGAAUAGUAGAAUGUACAGCUGAACUUUUUGUGGAUGAGAUAGCUGUCAAACCUGAAUUUCUUAAAGAACUAAAGCCUAUCGAAGUUGUGGAGGGUCACAAUGCACAAUUUGAAGUGAAGAUUCAAGGGAAUCCGGAACCAGACAUUGCAUGGUUUAGAAACAAUGUUCUUAUUGAACCUAGUGAAAAAUACGGACCACAUAGAACUGAAAACGUCCACAAACUGAAUAUUCAUAAAACUGUUCUUGGUGAUUCAGGAGAAUUCGCGUGUCAAGCAAGGAAUGAAGUUGGUUUUGUUCGGAGUGUUGCACCCCUCAUUGUUAAACCAGGAAGACCUCACGGGAAACCCCCAACCUUCUUGCAGAAACCUCAAAAUACAAAUGUUUUGGUGGGCGACGUUGUUUCCUUCGAGGUGAAAGUUGAAGGAACGCCAACGCCCACCAUUAACUGGUUUCGUGAAGAGGGUCAAGAGAUUCCCACAACUGGUCGUACUGUUUCCUCGCCAACUGGUAAAUUGACAGUCAGUUCUGUGACUCUUGAAGACCAAGGAAUCUAUAAAUGUGUUGCUGUCAAUGAAGCUGGAGAAGCGUCAUGUCAAGUGGAGCUUUUGGUUGAUCAAGGAAAUGCUUGCCAAGAAACUGAAGAUAUAUCACCAUCAAAUAAUGUGGUUGUGGAACGUGAAGUACCCCUUGAAGGUGUGCUCGGGGUUCCAAAGGAGGCAGAAUCGCCAUUACCACCACAAAUCGUGAAAGGGUUAAAAGAUCUUAAUGUAUCAGAGGGAGAUACAGCACGUUUUGAAGCGCACAUUACGAGCGACCCUAUACCUGAUAUUGAGUGGUCCAGCAGUGGUGGGAAAAUAGAAGAAAACGAGGAAACCCUUAUGGAAUGUGAAGGUGACAUUUACAAACUUAUUUUGAUGGAUGUUCUUCCAGACGAUGAUGGAGAGUAUACAGUCACAGCCACAAACAAAUUUGGAAUGGUGUCAUCUAUCGGGAAACUCUCUGUCGCAGAGAAGAUAAAAAAGCCCUCUUUCUUGGACGCACUGAGAAAUGUUGACGUAACUGAAAAUACUGAUGUGCGUCUGGAAGUUCGUGUGCAAGGUACGGAACCUGAUAUUGAUUGGUACAAGAAUGGCGUUUUGAUCGAGGAAGUAACGUCAAGAACUGAAUUUGUUGAGAAUGGAGAGAGAGGAACUUAUGCUUAUCUCAUCUAUGGUGCCAUAUCAAAGGAUCAGGGCACCUAUCGUUGUACGGCGGUAAAUGAGGCGGGCCAAGUGUCGUGCGAAGGACAGCUGACGGUGAGAGAAAACGUCAUUCCUCCUAGGUUUCUCCAGCGCCUCGAAGACAACAAAGUUGUUGAGGGAGGUGAUGUUGACUUGGAGGUUGAAGUCAGUGGGAGACCCAGACCAGCUUUGAAGUGGCUGAAAGAUGGGAGAGCUGUUGUUUCAAAUGAUCGUAUUCAAAUAGACACCGAGGGCCGCAUUCAUACAUUGCAAAUAACUCACUGCAGGCUUUCAGAUGGAGGGAAAUACACCUGUACUGCUUCUAAUAGUGGAGGCACUGAUAAUUGCUCUGCUAAACUGGAAGUCGAGAAGGAGAUGCACGCCCCAGAAUUUGUUGUCCGACCUGAAGGAGCACGCAUUGUCGAGGGAAGUGAGGCCAGAUUUGAGGCAAUUGUUUCUGGUCUACCAGAACCCGAAAUUGAGUGGUUUAAAGAUGGAAAACUUGUACGAGACAGCCACCGCUUUGAUCUGGAGUUCGACGGAAAUCGAUCUGCUCUUACUGUGAAAGGAGCAAAACAAACGGACGAUGGAGAGUUCACGUGCUCAGCUACCAACCAGGUGGGGAGGGUUUCUUGUUCUAUCGAACUUGUUGUUGACGAGGCAGUUGUUGCUCCUGAAUUUGUCAAGAAAAUGGCGAGUAUUGAGUUAUUUGAAGGUGACUUGGCACGAUUUAACGUUCGAGUGUCUGGCACGCCUCAGCCAGAUGUGAAAUGGCUGAAGAAUGACGAGCCUUUGGAGGGGGAAUCACGGUAUGAAUUUCUCUCCGAUGAUAACAUGCAUUCCUUGGAGUUGUCUAAUUGCUUAUUAUCUGAUGCUGGAACAUACCGCUGUAUCGCUUCAAAUGAAGCAGGACAAAUGUCCUGUACUAGUGAGCUCACUGUUACAGAAAAACCAUCCCCUCCAGUGUUUACAGAUGGGCCCUCUUUUCCAAAUUUCAUUGAAGCUGGAGGUGACGUUGUGCUAGAGGUAACGGUGAGUGGCAAGCCUACACCAACCGUAGAGUGGGUCAAAGAUGAUACAUCUCUAAAGAACAGCAACCAUUUUGACAUCAAAGCUAAAGAUGAUAAACAUACAUUGACUGUUUCCAGUGCUGGCCCUGCUGAUUCUGGAGCUUAUAAGUGCAUCGCACAUAAUACUUCAGGAACGUCCACAAGGACUUUUCACGUCAAUAUUAAAGCCUCAAAGCCGCAUGGAACUGCACCCGCGUUUACAAAAUAUUUGGAGUCACCAACUGCCAUUGAGAACUCUCCAGUAACUUUGGAAUGCGAAGUUGUUGGUUCUCCUGAAAUAUCCAUCGAGUGGAUUAAAGGCGAUUCUCGAGUUAGGCAGACGACACGUGUUCGUACCGAAUUCGAUGGGAAAAACUGCCGCUUAAUCUUGUUACGCACAGAGCUAGAUGAUGAAGCAGAUUACAAGUGUGUUGCCAGAAAUGCGUUUGGCAUUGCAUCAACAUAUUGCGAACUGCUAGUGGAGGAAGAUCUCAGUGAAAGUCAUAGUCCUCCUUUUUUCAAAAAGAAGCCACGCAAUCAAACUGUAUCAGAAGGUCAACAUACAACGUUUAGUGCUAUUAUCGGAGGAACUCCAGCACCUGAAGUUGAUUGGUUUAAAGAUGAAAGGGCAAUUGAAGAUAAAGGGAGAUUUGUUAUAAAAGACGAUCUCGACAAGGGGAAGUUUUCCCUAACUAUUGGGGAGACUUUUGUUGAGGAUGCUGGCACAUACAAGUGUGUCGCUUUUAAUGAAAUUGGAGAGGAGUCACACGAGGCAAGACUAAGUGUUAUUCCACUCGGAAAGAGAAGUGAACCCACCGUUGAGGUGCCUUUUGAAAUCUCAGUUAAUGCAGAGUCAGCCACACCUUCGAGCUUAUUCGCGGAGCCAAAGGUUGUAGUAACAUCGGGAGAACAAGAUGCAACCGAGGAUAGACCUCGACGCACGAACAAGGAGCUUACAGCUUCAAGAGAGACCACAGAAAUUGAUCUUGAACCUCCUCACUUCAUUGCCUUGCCGGAAGGUCUCAGUCCUUUUGAAGUGAAUGCAGAUGAAGAUGUCACUCUGAAAGUGAGAGUGAGUGGUAAACCUCUCCCGGACGUAAAGUGGCUGAAAGAUGACAAGCCCCUGGUGGAAACUAACAAGUUCCUAUGGAACGGUGAUACUGAUAUACAUACGUUAGUGAUCCGUGGACCCACGCCAAGAGAUAAAGGAACUUAUGUCUGUCUAGCAUCAAAUACUACUGGAACUACCACGAGAAGUUUUGAAGUGAACAUAGAAGGCUAUGAAGACUGGGUUAUGCCUUCAUUUGAAGAACAUACAGCAAACCCCUUUAUAAUAUCAGAUAAUGGCGAUGUGACCAUGGAAGUUAAAGUAGCGGGAAACCCCACACCAAGCGUUGAGUGGAGAAAAGACGGUCAAGCCAUUUCGGAGAAUGGACAUGUUAAAUUAUUUUCAUCAGAAGGCACCCACAGACUUUUAAUCAAAGGAGCUUCGCCAGAAGACGAAGGGAAUUACACGUGCACGGCAACUAACCCCGCUGGAAAGUCGACCAGAGCAUACGCUCUAGAGAUUGGUGGUGUGGAGCCUGAAGUAGGCAGAAGAGGCCAGGUAGGUGUAGACGAAACAGUAAUACCUCCAACAAUUGUGAAACAGACAGAGCAAGAGGCACCAGUAAGGGUUUCGGAGGAUGGUGAUGUUAAAUUGGAGGUUAUGUUUAGUGGAAAUCCAGACGCAGAGUGGACAAAGAAUGGAAAAGUCUUACGGGAAAGUAGCCAUUUUCAGAUCGACUCAGAAGAUGGAGUGCAGAAGCUUGUUAUUAAAGGUGCCACUCAGGAGGACAAAGGUGUAUGCAAAUGCACGGCUUCUAAUAACGCUGGCGCCUCGUGGAAAACUUUUACAGUUGAUUGUGAACCGGAGGAGAACGUUCAUCCAGAACAACCAUCGGAACUGGAAAGGCCUUCCUUUGUUGAAGAUGACAGUGUUGUUCCAUUUCAACUGACUGUCAAUGGAGAUGUUAAGCUUGCAGCAAGAGUUCAGGGUAGUCCCACACCACAAGUUGAGUGGGAUAAGGAUGAUAUUCUUCUACAAAACAGCGAGCAUAUUGCUAUUACUUCAAAAGAUGACCUUCACACCAUACUGAUUUCCAAUCCAAGUGUUUAUGACAAAGGAACGUACACUCUUACUGCUACAAAUGAAGCUGGAGUUGGUACACGUGCUUUCAAUGUUGAGAUUAAAGGUGCAAAGCCAAUCACUUCGUUGCCAGAAAUCACCAAAGAACUCGUCGAGGUAGAGGUACUUCGAGGACAACCAAUCACAUUGGAGUGUCAUGUCUUUGGAGCUUCUGACGCUCACGUGAAGUGGUUUCAUGACAAUGUUGUUCUGACUGACUGUGAGCGAUUAACCACCUCGUUCGAUGGUGUAGUUUGUGCCUUGACAAUCCAUCGCUCAACUCUAGAUGAUGAAGGGGACUAUCUUUGUCAGAUAGAGAAUGACCAAGGUGUCGUGUCAAGCUCUGCUGAAGUGAUUGUGGACGAAGGAAUGGCAUUACCAAUUUUUAAAGCGCCGCUGAAAAACACAAGUAUGACAGAAGGCGAAAAUGUUUGCUUUGAUAUCCGUGUUAUUGGAAAUCCAGAACCAGUCGUGGAAUGGUUUAAAGAUGGUGUGCAGCUUGAAGAUGAGGGCCGUAUUAUGAUAAUUGAUGAUGUGGAUGAUGAUCAGCCAGAACUCUUCUCGCUUGUAAUUGAAAAGUGUGAACCAUUCGAUGCCGGUCUGUACAAAUGUAUAGCUAUGAACGAAGCUGGCAAAGAUUCGUGUAGUGCUCAACUUUUAGUCACCCCUCCAUCAGUUCCACACAAAAGUCCAGGUUUUGCUGAGAUUCCAGUGGAUUUCAUAGAGGGCCAAGAUGUAACACUGAAGGCUUUGACCAGCGCCCAACUUCCCAUAGUUACUUGGCUUAAGGAUGAUGAACCUGUGAGACAGAGUACCCACUAUGAUAUUGAUGCUAAACAAGGCAUCCAUACUCUAACAAUAAGAAAUGCCUCCCCAGAGGACUCUGGAAUUUACAAGUUUGAUACCAAAGAUGAGAGCACCAGCACCUUCAAGCUCACCAUUAAAGGAAAAGAUUCUUCAGAUGGCGUCGCACCGGAGGUCACAGCAGUUACCACUCCUGUGGAAGUACUGGAAGGAAGUGCAGUCAAACUAAACUGUGAGAUCAAAGGAAAACCAUAUCCAGAAGUUACUUGGCUGAUAGAUGAGAGCCCUGUCGAGACAAGCGAGCGUGUCACCGUUGAUUGUGAUGGAGUGUUUACCUCACUUCACUUUCGAAGCACUGAGCUAGAUGACGAAGGAGAGUAUCAGUGCAAAGUACAGAACGAGAUUGGAUCAGCAAUCUGUACUUUGGAACUUCUAGUUAAUGAAGUCGAUGAUCUUGAAGAUCAGAGUAAACCAGAAUUUUUAGAGAAGUUGAAAGAUGUCAGCACAUUUGAAGGUGAUAGUGCUGUCUUCAGCGUAAAGGUUCAAGGCCUUCCGCAACCUGACGUUCAGUGGUGCUCGUCUGAACGGGAGAUUUUAACAGAUGGGCGAUUUGCUACAGAGUCUACCGAAGAUGGUUGCCACACGCUUACUAUUAGUAACUGUGUGACUAAAGACAAAGGAAGAUACAAAUGUGUUGCAUCCAACGUAUUUGGAAAGGCUGUGUGUUCGGCUGGGUUGACAGUUAAGGAAAAGUUAAUCCCUCCCCAAUUUUCAGACCAAGACAGUGGAACUCCGAUGUUGAUUGAUGAAGGAGGCGAUGUUACACUGCAAGUUGAAGUAAUUGGGAAGCCAAAGCCCUCCAUUAAGUGGUACAAAGACGACCAACCAAUUAGUCGAAGCAGUAGCAAGUACAAGACUGAGGUGCAAGGAGAUAAGCAGUCUCUGACUAUUGUCGCUGCAAUACCAGAAGACUCCGGGGCGUACCAGUGUAGAGCUACCAGCCCGUCUGGGACAAUAACAAGAAACUUCGAUGUUAAUAUAGAAGCAAAACAACCUGAGGGUGAGUCUCCCAAGUUCAUCCAGCCCUUGAAGUCCCAGGAAGUGUUUGAAGGUAGUGCCGCAAAGCUUGACGUCCGCAUAUCAGGUGAGCCAGAGCCCGAAGUUGAGUGGUUUAAAGAUGAACAACCAAUAGAAGAAGGUGGCAACUUCAGAAUUGAAUUUGACGACGCUGAUGGCUGUGCGCUCGUCAUCAAUUCUGCUAAGUCGAAUUAUGAAGGUCUGUACAAGUGCGUGGCUUCAAAUUCAUUUGGUAAAGCAAUCUCUGAGGCAGAGUUACUAGUUACAGGAGACGAUGAAGAUGAAGUGGAGCCUCCAGAAAGCUUAGUAACAGUGGAACUAAGUUUACCAGUAAGUUCAGUACCGUUUGGACCUGCAGAGGUUGCACUGCCUGUUAAAGAGGAGAACCUUCCUUCAUCUUACAAGGAGAAACGUGAAGUGUCAGAGAAAGAGUUUCCACAAAAUAGACCUUCAUUUGAGGCUGUUCAGCUUGUUUUACCUGGACAAGGAGAUGUUCCUCUGAUACCUGACACUAUUUCAGCCUUGGAAUACGAGCCAGUCCAACUGAGCGUGCCAGGUGCGGAUGAACCUAUUCUGCCUGACUUUAUUGAUGUUCCUAAUGACUUAAAGGUAAAUGAAGGUGCCAGAGUGGUCCUCAAGGUCAGGGUGAUUGGGCAGCCUGUGCCUGAAGUUACGUGGUUUGUAGAUGACGAGCCAGUACAACCAAGUGACAAGAUUUCUAUUCGUUCUGAUGGAGAUAAAUAUGAGCUUAUUAUACAUGAGGCAGAGGUGGAUGAUGAAGGAAUGUACAAAUGUGUGGCAAAAAGUGAGGCAGGGAAAGCUAUCUGUGAAGUGGAAUUGCUCGUAGAAGAAGCAAGAGAACCAAAAACAGAGGAAUCCCUUGAAGUUCAAAUCACAAAGGAACUGCAAGAUGUCGAAGUUGAUGAAGGAGAACCAGCGGCUUUGGAGAUUUGUUUUGUGAGUCUAGUCAAACCAACUGUGUCAUGGUCCAAGGGAAUGAAGCCUGUAGAACCGAACAAGAGAGUCAAAAUUAUAACAGAUGAACAAAGCAGUAAGCUGGUUAUUAAAAAGACCGUCGGUGAAGAUGAGGGACUUUACAAGUGUUCAGUUAAGAGUGGGACUUGGGAACUGAAUUCUUCUGCUGAACUAAUAGUUGAAGAACCAAGUGACGAUGAGAAAGUGAUACUCAGAAAGCCUGUUCUGGUUCAAAAAUUUUCUGAUGAGGACAUUGUGGAGGGAGACAAGCUUGAACUGCAAAUCAAAGUGAUUGGCUCCAAACCUAUCACAGUCACGUGGUACAGAGACGACGAAAAGAUAGAACCAGACGAUCGCUGCAAAUUACUCUCAGACGACGAGAUUCAUCUGCUCAGAGUGAACCAAGUUGAAAUUGACGACGAGGCCAUAUACAAGUGUGUAGUGAAGAAUCCUGCAGGACAAGAUCAGUGUGAGGCACAAAUCCUGGUUCAAGAAAAGAGUGAUGCUGUGGAAUGUGUAGAUACAGGAUCUAGUGACAAAGCUCCUCAGUUUAUCUCACGUUUACCAGAGGAGAUUGAGGUUCUUGAGGGUGACUCAACACGGCUUGAGUGUCGAAUAGGACUAGAGGCAGAAGUUUCCUGGUUCAAAGAUGACGAACCUUUGGAGGAGGACGAUCGCAUCACCAUUAAAAACGAGAGUCAUGUUUGUGCAGUUGUCAUCUCCUGCACAGAAUUAGACGAUGAAGGAUACUACAAAUGUGUUGCGCAAAACGAGUUUGGCAAAACUGUGUGUCAGACUGAGCUGAUAGUGGAGGAAGGUGUUAGUAUGCCACUGAUUAAGGAACCGCUGAAGAACCUUGAUGCCAGUGAGGGUGAUGUGGUUAAAUUUGAGGUUCGCAUCACAGGUAACCCUGAACCAGUAGUGGAAUGGUUCAAGAAUGGGAGUCAGUUGCAAGACGAGGGACGUGUGAUCAUUGUUGACGAUGCUGAUGACAAUGACGAAGAGCUGUUUUGUCUGGUAAUCGAGGAUUGUGAAGUUGGUGAUUCUGGGACUUACAAGGUCGUGGCAAUGAGUGAGGCUGGAACUGCCAAUUGUGAGUGUAGCCUGAAUGUUACUCGUACUCAGGUCCCAGCAGAGUUCAAAGAUGAAAUGGAAGAGGUGCCUAUGGAAGGCUCUCAAGGGGACAAUGUGUCUAUGGUUGUCAAUACCGGCCGGCUGCCCUCACCAGUUAUUGCAUGGUUCAAGGACGAAGAGCCAAUCAUGUCUAAUUCUCAACUUGAGAUCUCACAGGACCCUGAGCACUCUAAGCUAAUGGUUCUUCACGUGACCCCAGCAGACUCGGGUACAUACAAGUGUGUUGCAACCAGUGUAAUAGGGACAAUUACCAAAAAGUUUCUUCUUAAUAUAGAAGGAUCAGAACCUACAGUAGAACAGACAGUAAGUACUUCCGACGUGCAAGCAAGACCUGUAAGAGAUAUUGCCGCACCAGUGUUUAUAAAGAAUAUGGAUGAUGUUGUAGUUAAUGCUGGGGAAGAGGCCCGAUUUGAUGUUAGAGUUUCUGGCGUUCCAGAACCCCAAGUUGUGUGGCACUGGGAGUCAAUUGAGGUUAAAGAUAAAGGACGAUUUGUGCACAUUGAUGCCAUUGAAGAAGAUCUGUUCACAUUGGUUAUUGAAGGCAGCGAAUCAGGAGAUGCUGGUAACUACAAGUGCGUUGCUUCCAACAAGGCUGGUCAAACGUCAUGUGAAGCUAAGUUGAUUGUGCUUGAAAAGGAAGUGGAGGAAAAAUCUCUUUAUGACAAAGUUGAAGAUAAACCACGAGGAGAAGCCCCUAACUUCUCACAGCCAUUGCAGACAGUUGAGGUCAUAGAAGGAAGUGAAGCCACUCUGAUGUGCAUGGUCGCAGGUAGUCCAGAGCCUAACAUAGCUUGGUUCAAAGAUGGCGUCACUGUGGCAGACGUGAAAAGAUACAAAACUCGAUAUGAUGGAGAGCAAGCCACUUUAGAAAUCCAGAAUGCAGAAUUGGAUGACGAAGGUGAAUACAAGUGCGUGGCUGAAAACGACCUUGGCUCAGCCUCCUGUUCCGCUGAACUCCUUGUUAACGAACCAAACGCUAAACCUGAGUUUGAAGAAAAAAUGAAGCCGGUUGAUGUCACUGAAGGAGAACCUGCAAAAUUUUCUGUUAAAGUGGCUGGUAAUCCCCCUCCUGUUAUAGACUGGUUUAAAGGAAAGGAAAAAUUGGAGGACGAAGGGCGAAUUAAAAUCAUUGACGACGAAGACAGUGAUACUUACACACUUAGAAUCAAUGACACGCUCAUAGAGGAUGCUGGGACAUACAAAUGUAUAGCUAUGAAUGAGGAAGGCCAGGUAUCAUGUAAAGCUGCCUUGGCAGUGAAGGAAGCCAUCACUAAGCCUGAAAUAGAUGUUGAACCAGAAGCUGCUCCAUUGAACAUAGGAGAGGGUGAUGUUGUUUGUCUUAGUGCGAUCGUGAAAGGGAAGCCUGUUCCCACAGUCGUCUGGUACAAGGAUGACGAGAAACUGCGUGAAACAAGCCGUGUGAAGAUAGAUGCCAAAGAUAGCGAACACUCUCUUGUUAUUCUGGAGGCCAAACCAAAGGACUCUGGGGUAUAUAAGUGUCAGGCAAAGAGCAAGGGUGGUAAAGUGGAAAAAACGUAUGAUGUCAACAUAAAAGCCGCGCCGCCAGAAGGUAUUGCACCAGUGUUCAUAGAGUCCCUACUGCCAGUAGAGGUAGUGCAAGGGUCACCCGCUAAGCUACAGUGUAGAGUGACUGGCACACCAGAACCAACUAUCGAGUGGUUCAGAGACAGCGAACCGCUGACGGAAGACAAGAGGGUCAAGAUCCGUUUUGAUGGCGAAUUGUGUACUUUGAAGAUCUUAGAAACUGAACUUGAGGAUGAGGGCGCUUACAAAUGCUUUGCCAAGAAUGAAUUUGGAUCUGUUUCCUGCGCGUCGGAACUUUUAGUUAACGAACCGUACAAGAAACCAGAGUUUACACAAAAAUUGAAGCCCAUUAAUGUCAUUGAAGGAGAAGCAGCACGGUUUGAUGCCACUGUGGAAGGAAAUCCAAUUCCAGUGGUGGAUUGGUUCCAUGGCAAAAACAAACUGGAAGACGAUGGUCGUUUCGUCGUGAUGGAUGACGAAGAGGCAGGCAUCUACACAUUGAUCAUCGAGGACACUGUUCUUGAAGAUGCAGGAACAUACAAAUGCAUAGCUGCUAACGAGGAGGGACAGGCAAGUUGUAAAGCUGCUCUUGCCGUCAAAGAACAAAUGAUAACACCAGAGUUCACGAAUGAAGAACAAAGUGCUCCAUUUAACGUUAUGGAAGGAGAUGAGGUACGCUUAAUGGUAGGUAUUAAAGGGAAGCCUGCGCCAACUGUGGAGUGGUACAAAGAUGACAAAAAGUUGAGAAAAACCAGCCGAGUAAGGAUGGACGAAAAGGAUGGCAAGUUCUCUUUGGUAAUUUCAGAUGUUACUUCCGAAGACAGGGGAACCUACAAAUGUGAAGCUUCAAGCAAGGCAGGCACUGUAACUCGUACAUUUGAUGUUAAUGUGGCAGAAAAGAGCCUGGAAGGAAAAGCACCCGAAGUUGUGGAACCUUCAAAAUCUGUUCAGGUUCUUGAAGGUUUCCCUGCCAAGUUAGAAUGUCAAAUAAGCGGACAGCCCAAGCCAGAGGUAGAGUGGCUUAGAGACAACGAAAAGGUGAAGGAGUGCGAGCGCGCACAGUUUUUAAGCGAUAAUGAAACCUUCUCUUUGAAUUUCAAAGAGACUAAACUUGAUGAUGAAGGUGACUACAAAUGUGUUGCUCAGAAUGCGUUUGGCAGUGUGUCUUGCUGGGCUGAACUUCUUGUAAACAAACCAGCUGCAAAACCGGAGUUCAAAGAGAGAAUGAAGAAUGUCAGUGUUCAGGCUGGGCAGCAAGCCAGGUUUGAUGUGCUUAUUACUGGAGUACCCAGGCCACAAGUUGAUUGGACGAAAGACGGUAAGAUAUUGGAAGAACCAGCGGAGCGAUUUACUUUUUUGGAUGAUGAAUAUGAGGAAGACGAAGGGCGCUCCUCACUGAUCAUUGAGGACGUAAAACUAGAAGAUGCUGGAAAAUACGAAUGUUUGGCAUAUAAUGAAGAAGGUGAGGUAUUCUGUGAGGCCAACAUUUUUGUGCAAGAGACCCUGACUGCCCUUGCGUUUGUUGACGAAGUUGAAAGUGCCCCAAUUUUCGCUGAAGAGGGAGGUGACGUCAGUUUGAGUGCAGAGCUGAGAAAAAGCGAACCAGAACUGAAAGUCGAAUGGCUGAAAGAUGACAAAAAAGUCAAAGAGGAUGAGCAUUUGCAUGUUUCUGUCAGAGAGGACACGCAUAUGCUGAAAAUUACGGAAGUUGUCCCAGAAGAUUCUGGAUUGUACAAGUUUAAGGCCACUAGCAAGGCAGGCUCUGUGGAGAGGGAGUUUGAUGUACAAGUUUCAGCCAGGAAGCCAGAAGGCAGUGCACCACAAUUUACAGAGCCCUUACUACCAAUAGAAGUGAAAGAGGGCGAUACAACUAAGCUUCAUUGUAAAGCAACCGCUGAACCACCUCCGACCUUUGAGUGGCUUAAAAAUGGAGUUCGAGUGAAAGAGAGCGGAAGAAUCAAGCUGGAUAGUGAUGGGAUGGCAUCCUCUCUCUCUUUUAAAGAUGCGAGGCCAGAUGACAAAGGAGAGUACAAAUGUGUUGCCUCAAAUGCACUCGGUUCUGCUUCGUGCACAGCAGCGUUGAAAGUGAGGGUUCUAUCUAAACCAGACUUUAAAGAGAAAUUGAAAAGGGUUGAAGUAGUUGAGGGUGAUUUUGCCAGCUUUGAUGCUGUUGUCGUCGGUUAUCCUGAACCGUUUGUGGAGUGGUAGAGAGGGACGGCUAGGCUCCAGAAUGACGAGUGCACUGAAAUAAAAGAAGAUCAGGAAAAUGGGCAUUUUUCUCUUACCAUUAAGGAUGUCAAUCGUGAUGAUGCUGGAAUGUAUAAAUGUGUCGCUUACAAUGAAGCUGGAAAGACCACAAUACGUGGUGAGCUCUCUGUGAAGGAGAGGCUGUUUGCUCCUGAAUUUCCUGAAGGACAGGAAGAGGCCCCAGUUACAGUUAUAGAAGGCGAUGACUGUAAAUUGAAUGUAACAAUCAUUGGGAAGCCGAAACCUGAUGUGAAAUGGUACAAAGCCGACAAACCCCUUCGCCAGAGUACAAGGCUAGGCAUUAAAGCAAGUGGAGAUAAACAUUCUGCGGUGAUUCUCGGCAUCAGGGCGGAUGACUCUGGUGUUUAUAAGUGUGAAGCCAAGAGUAAGAUGGGAACUGCCACCAGAACGUUUGAUGUAAUGGUACAAGCUAAGAAACCGAAAGGAAUAGCACCAGAAAUCGCCAAACCCCUCCAAGACCUUACAGUUGUGGAAGGUAAACCAGCAAACUUGGAGUGUGAGGUAAAAGGAGAACCGCAACCCAACAUUGAAUGGUUUAGAGAUGGCGAGCCGGUAAAACAAUCGAAGCGCAUCAACUUGAACUUUGAUGGCAAUUUUGCUUCUUUAUCGUUCAGACUAGCUGAGCUUGACGAUGAGGGCGAAUACAAAUGCGUGGCUCGUAAUGAGCUCGGUAGUGCAUCAAGCGAAGCAGAGCUUCUAGUGGAAGAAGCUGAAACCAAACCAAAUUUUAAAGAAAAGCUGAAGAAUAUCAGUGUCUUGCCUGGGGCCGAAGCAAGGUUUGAUGUGCGUGUUGUGGGUGUACCGCCACCAGAGGUUGACUGGUUUAAGGGAAAACAAAAGAUAGAAGAUGAGGGUCGUUUUAUUUUGAUUGAUGACGAAGAACACGACCUGUUUUCUCUGGUGAUUGAAGAGGCAAGGCCAACUGACAGCGGUGAAUAUGAGUGUGUUGCAUUCAAUGAAGUCGGUGAAGUGUCAUGCCAAAGUAACUUGGUUGUUGAAGAAACGACGAUCGCACCAGAAGAUGCUGAGCAAGCUGAAAGUGCGCUGCCUGCGAUUGAUGAAGCCAUCACUGUACCCGACUCAGCUGCCGAGGUUGAGAGCGCUCUUGUCACUGGACAGGAAAUAGACGGUGUGAAAGCUAAGAAACCGGAAGGAAAAGCACCGGUAUUUUUUGAAACUCUUCAACCUGUGGAAGUAAAGGAAGGAAACGAUGCCAAACUACAGUGUACUGUGACUGCUAAACCCAAACCUAACAUCGAGUGGUUUAAAAAGGGAGUGCAGAUAAAAGAAAACAGACGGGUCAAGUUAGAAAAUGAUGGGGAGUCCAUUGCUUUAACAAUCAAGGAAGCCAGAUCUUUUGAUGAAGGAGAAUACAAGUGCGUGGCUACCAAUGAGAUUGACUCAGCAUCUUGUGCGGCCACUCUAAAAGUUCGUGUCGUAACUAAGCCAGAAUUCAAGGAUAAACUUAAAACAGUCGAAGUGACCGAAGGAGACGCUGUCCAAUUCGAUGCUCGAGUAGAUGGUUACCCUGUGCCUGCGGUGCAGUGGUUUAAAGGGAUAAGUAAGCUGAAGAGCGAUGGUCGAAUUGAGUUUAAAGAGAAUCCUGAUGAGAAUCUGUUUUCACUUGAAAUCUGUGAUACUCUGCUUGAGGAUGCUGGAAUGUACAAGUGUGAAGCCUCAAACCAAGGGGGUAAAACCACAUGCCGAGCUGACCUCAUUGUGAAGGAGAGGCUUUUCGCCCCUGAAAUUUCAGGAGACCAACCUGAGGCCCCCUUCACUGCGACUGAAGGUGGAGAAGUAAGUUUGGAUGUCUUAAUCAACGGAAAACCAAAACCUGAUGUGAAAUGGUACAAAGACGACAAACCCCUUCGCGAGAGCAUAAGGCUAGAUAUCAGAGCUCGAGGAGAUAAACACUCCGUGGUGAUUCUCGGCGCUAGGGCGGAUGACUCUGGUGUUUACAAGUGUGAAGCUAAGAGCAAGAUGGGAACUGCCACCAGAACUUUUGAUGUUAUGGUACAAGCUGGGAAGCCAAAAGGAAGUGCCCCAGUGUUUACCUUUCCUUUGCAAUCAGUUGAAGUCUCUGAAGAAACAAAAGUAAAACUUUCCUGUACACUGACGGGGACUCCACAACCUAUCAUCCGGUGGCUUAAAGAUGGAGAACCACUAGAGACCAGUAAACGAGUUAAAGCUGACUUUGACGGAGACGUUGCGUCUUUGUCAUUUCGCGCAGCAGAAAUUGACGAUGAAGGUGAUUACAAAUGUAUUGCUCAAAAUGAGCUGGGUACUGCAUCCUGUUCUGCAGAACUUCUCGUAAACGAAGCUGAUAGGAAACCAGAAUUUACCGAAGUUAUGAAGGACAUUGAAGUGGCAGAAAACGAAGAAGGAAGGUUUGAUGUGCGUUUGACAGGAUCUCCCAAACCAGCUGUACAAUGGCUUAAAGAAACUGACAAGAUUGAAGAUGCUGGAAAAUAUAUUUUGAUUGACGAUGAGGAAGAUAAUCUCUUCUCUCUUGUAAUUGAUGAUGUUUCCCCAGAUGAGGCCGGUACUUACACCUGCAAAGCAACAAAUAACGUUGGAGUGGCCGCCUGCAAAGCUGAACUUAAACUAAAGGAGAAUAUGGCGGCUCCUGAAUUUGCUGACGAGGAGGAGACAGGCCCAAUCACUGCAGUUGAAGGUGGCGAGGUGACAUUAUCUGUUACCGUUAGAGGCAAGCCUCGCCCUGAUGUCGAGUGGCUCAAAGAUGACAAGCCAUUGAGAAAGACAAGUCGUUUAGACAUAAAAUCCCGAGACGACAAAUUUUCUUUAGUUGUUAGGAAUGUCUCACCAGAGAACUCUGGCCUAUACAAGUGUGUAGCUAGUAGCAAGGCCGGACGCGUUACCAGAACUUUCCAAGUAAAUAUCGAAGGUAAAAAAGCAAAGAAACCUAAAGGAGAGGCACCACAGGUUACGCAGCCCUUAAAAGCAAUGCAGACUGUAGAGGGAAAUCCUUUAAGACUGAAAGUUCGUAUGAUUGGUACACCAGAACCCACGGCUGAAUGGUGCAAAAAUGGAGAGCAGGUCGAACUUAGUCAAAGGAUCAAAGCUGAUAUUAUAGGCGAUAUGUGUCAAUUGUCCUUCGCUGAAACACAAGAAGCUGAUAGUGGAUCUUACAAAUGUAUUGUUACAAAUGAUCUGGGAUCGGCUUUUUCUGAAGCAGAACUUGUCGUCACCAAACCUAUAGUAGCGCCUGUAUUUAAGGAAAAGCUAAAAGGUUUACAAGUGAAUGAAGGUGAACAAGUUCAGCUUGAUGUACGGGUCAGCGGAAAUCCUAAGCCGAAUGUUUUAUGGUUCCGUGGAUCUCAAGCUAUCAUUAACGAAGGACGAUAUAUUGUUAAAGUAGACGACGGGGAUGAAUUGUAUUCUCUCAUAAUUGAUGAAACAACUUUGGAGGACAGUGGUAUUUACAAAUGUGUUGCGUCUAACGAGGUAGGAAAAGCCACAUGUCGUGGGGAAUUAGAAGUUAAUGAAAGACUUACGCCUCCAGAAUUUGCAGGCGAGUUCAGUGAUGCCCCUGUGAUCUUCAAAGAAGGUGAAGAAGUUUCGUUGGAAAUUACAAUACGAGGAAAACCUGCUCCUGAUGUUGAGUGGUAUAAAGAUGAACUUAGUCUCAGAAAGUCAUCGAAUAUGACCACUCUGGUGAAAGGAGAGAAACACACACUUCUUCUAAACAGCGCUAAGCCUGCUGAUUCUGGGGUGUACAAGUGCGUAGCGAAGAGUAAAUUGGGAACAGCAAUGCGGACUUUUAACGUCACCGUAGAAGCCAAAAAACCCAAAGGCUCAGCGCCGGAGUUUUUCAAGCCUCUAAAGAAAGUAGAAGUUGUAGAAGGCAGUGGUGCUAAGUUAGAGUGCUGGGUUCAUGGAAAACCAGAACCAAGCAUUGAAUGGUAUAAAGACGAUGAACUUAUCACAUCAAGUAUACGAGUGAACACCUACUUCGAUUCUGAAGUUUGCAGAUUGACAAUUUCUGAUACUGUUGCUGAAGACGAAGGGAAAUAUAAAUGUGUAGCAACAAAUGAUCUUGGCAAAGUGUCUUGCUCCGCAGAGCUUCUUGUCAAUAAAGCUAUUAUAAUGCCAGAGUUUAAAGAGAAAAUGAAGCACACUGACGUUAUCGAGGGUGAUACGGCGCGAUUUGACGUCCGCGUGGUUGGCAAUCCUAAGCCUGUUACUGAAUGGUCAAAGGGUGGAAAAGUUAUCGCCAAUGGGGGAAGAUUUAAAAUUGAGCAAUCCGAGGACAGCGAGGUACACUCCAUAUUUAUUGAGAAUGUGUCAUUAGAUGACUUUGGAAGCUACAAAUGCGUUGCGUCGAACGAGGCUGGAAGAAUGCAAUGUUCUGCACGACUUGACGUAAAAGAGAGACAGAUUGCGCCGGAGUUCUCCGAUGAAGGCGGCGAUUCACCGAUAAAAGUAAAGGAGGGCGAUGAACUUAAGAUAAACGUGACCAUUCGAGGCAAUCCAAGGCCAGACGUAGAGUGGUUUAGAGAUGACAGGCCAUUUAAAAGAACUAGUCGCGGCAACAUAUCAGUGCGAGGAAACAAAUAUGGUAUAAGAAUCUUCACUGUUACUCCCGAAGACUCUGGAGUGUAUAAAUGCGUGGCGAAGAGUGCUGCAGGUACAACGACUAAGACCUUCCAGGUUGAUAUUGAAGGGAAGAAACCUGCACCCAGGUUCACUCAACCGUUAGAAGAAACUCAAGCUACCAUUGGAAGCACAGCGAGACUAAAAUGUCGCCUUAAUGCCACUGCUAAACCCAAUAUUGAGUGGACAAAGAAUGGUCAGCCUGUAAGUGAAAACCGACGGGUUAAAACAGGGUUGGAGGGUGACCUCAUCUCACUUGUCAUCUCGGACGCCAGGCCAGAAGAUAGCGGAGAUUACCAGUGUGUUGUUAAGAACAAAAGUGGAACUGCGUCGUGUAGUACGCGUCUUGUUGUAAGCGAAUCGACGAAUAAACCGGAGUUCAAAAAACUGAUGAAUGAUCUGGAAUUACUAGAAGGAGAGGACGCCGUUUUUGAGAUUGCAGUUAGUGCAAAGCCCGACCCCGUAGUGCAGUGGUUCUUGAGAAAAAUGCCGAUAAACAAUGAAGGAAAGUACACCAUCUUCGAAGAUUCAGAGCGUCGGAAGUUUUCACUCACUGUAAGCGAUUGCAGCACAGAGGACAGUGGUCAGUAUAGGUGCCUUGUAACAAAUAGCGCAGGUGAAGUCACGAGUUCAGCUGAGCUCAAAGUCAAUAACAGACAAGUCGCACCUAGAUUUGUUCAAGGCGCAGAGGAGCAGCUGUUUGAGGUUUGGGAAGGUGCUCCAGUUAAGCUUUUGGUGCAAGCCAGAGGGAAGCCCACCCCUCAGGUAGAAUGGUUCAAGGAGAAUCGCCUUGCUCGGAGAGUCAAGCGGGUUGAGCUGCAGACAGAAGGUGACAUGAACAUUCUGUUGAUUCCUAAAGCAGUCCCAGAUGAUUCAGGGAAUUAUCGAGCUGAAGCCACAAACUCCGUUGGAACAGCUGUCAAACCGUUUGUUGUUAUAGUUAAUGCUCAAAAGCUUGUCCUCCGACGAGAACCAGUUCCUGAGGGAGCUGUUAAACCAGAGUUCAUUCAGCGACUUCAGGACAUAGAGAUCGUGGAGGGAAGUGCUGCCAAGUUUGACGUCCGUGUCAAAGGGACACCAGAGCCGGAGGUAGAUUGGUACAAGGAUAAUCGUGUGAUUCGUGAAGGCGGUCGAAUCAGAUUCUUGUUUGAAGACGACGGUUUGUGUUCAUUGCUCAUAAGAGAAGCUGAAUCAUCUGACAGAGGGCGAUACAAGUGCGUGGCGAGUAAUCCAGCCGGCAAGGUUCAGUGCAGUGCAGAACUCUUCAUAGAAAGCCAUGGUUUUGAUUCUGCCAGUGGCUCUGACUACGAGAGACGUCUUUCACGUGAGUCAACAUUUGAUAUGCUGUCGGACGACACAGAAGAUGAAGUUGAAUCAUCCUCCACAAGUGGUCCAGCCAAGCUUCCUCCAGAUAUAACGCUUGUGUUACGCAACCGUGACGUGAAGGAAGGUGGCGUGACAAAGUUUGCUUGUCGUGUGGUCAGCAGUACUGGCGUGACCGCUGAGUGGUACAAAGAUGAUCAACUUGUCAGUAAAUGGCCUCGCUUCACUUGUGAACGUGAUGAGGAUCUUUAUGCUUUGAAUAUCUCAGACGCUAAGAGGACAGAUGCGGGACACAUUCGAUUUGUGGCACGGAAUGAUUUUGGUCAGGUUGAGAGCAAUGCAUACCUCAAUGUUGAACCUGACAUGGAGCCUGAAUUCGAAGGAACUACACCAAGGUUUACUCAGAAACUCAAAGAUAUUGAUGCAGUUCCCGGUAAAACAGCUAGUCUGGAGUGUCGUGUGAUCGGCGACCCGCGGCCGGAUAUCCGUUGGUACAGAGAGAACGAACCCCUGCUCGAGGGAGGGAGGUACAAGUUCGAGGAUGAUGAUGACAGACAAGUGCUUGUCAUAGAUGACGUAUGCGGAAGUGAUGAAGGCAUGUACAAGUGCGUGGCAAGGAACAGCGCCGGCAAGGCACACUGCACCGCGGAUUUGUAUAUAUUACAAACAGAUGACGAAGAGAGCGUAUCAGCAGGUGAACAAGAACCAGAAGAAGAGAUACGAAAACAACGUGUUUCUACGGAAGCAUCACCAGUGAUUGAGACCCUCCUAUCACCUGAUUCAGCUCAGGUAGAGAAGUCAGAACCACCCCUACCAACAGCAACAAAGCCUCGAUCCAAACCGGAAUCUCCAAAACCAAAAGAACGUCUUCGAGAACCAGAGUUUAUUCUAAAGCUUAGAGAUAAAUCAGCGGUUGAAGGUAGCUCAGUUCGCUUGGCAUGUCGGGCCAUGGGAACACCGGAACCUGGUUUCCAGUGGUACAAGGAUGGCGAACCAAUUGGCGGAGGAGGACGGUUUGACAUCAACCAAUCAGUGAGCGGAUUUACGCUUGUGAUCAAAGAAUGUCAGGUGGAAGACUCGGGAGAAUAUCAAUGUGAAGCCACAAACAAAGUGGGCAGCGUCAGUUCGUCAGCUGAAGUCACUAUUACAACACUCUCCAAACCUCGUCAAGAAUUAACGGUUCGUCCAGAAUUCGAACGGAAUUUCACUGACACAAAAGUCAUUGAGGGGGAGGAGGCGAAACUGACAGCUAAGGUGUCGGGUAAUCCAGUCCCAGAUGUUAUAUGGCAGAAGGAAGGCAAGCCAAUCGGAGAAGGCCGUCGAGUUAAGAUUGAGAAGAGCAAAGAUGGGGUGCAUUCACUUCGUAUACAACGUGCAGAGGCUGAUGAUGAGGGAGAGUACAAGUGCGUAGCGAAGAACAAGACAGGCGAGGCUUGGUGUUCUGCUAAGCUUACUGUUGAAGUUCCUAAGCCAGAAAUCAAGGAGGGUGUCAUGUCACUUCCUAAGAAGCCAGUCGACGAGCAAAUUGUAGUAAUGGCCACAGACGUCCCACUGUCACGUGAACCUAAGCUUGAAGGUAGUGCUCUUGCGACUCCUCCCCAGUUUUCUCGAACAAUGCAGACAGCAGAAGUUAUAGAAGGAAGCGCGGCGCGAUUUGAUGUCAAGGUCACUGGAAGCCCUGGUCCAGAAAUACGGUGGCUGAAGGAUGACAAACUGCUUGAGGAGAACCGAAAAAUCCGGUUUGAUGAGGAUGACGACGGAGUGUUCUCUCUGUUUGUUAAUGAUGUGGUUACUGACGAUGAGGGCAUGUACAAGUGUGAAGCAACAAAUGUCAAAGGAGAAGUGUCUUGCACUGCAGAGCUAAUAAUAGAAGGCCUUGAAGAAUCAACAGGAGGUGAAAGUGAGGAAACUUCGGAAGAUGAGUUACAAUCUAAGGACGGACCUCGAACAACGGAGACGCCGAAACCUGCUGACAGGAAGGUGGCGCCCCCAACUGCACCAAAACCAAAGUCUGUAAUGAAAUCAGUUCCAAAACCAGUUUUCUUGUUAGAGCUUCAAGACAAACAGGUUAAAGAAGGUGACAAUCUGACGCUAGACGUUCGAGUUCCCCUCGAGUGCAAGGCCGAGGUCACGUGGUACAAAGACGACCAUGCUUUGAAAGAGGACCAUCAUAUUACUAUUAUCUCCGCUGGUGAGAUGCAAGCAGUUAACAUCUUCAAUAUGUCAGUCAAAGAUGAGGCAGUGUACCGUUGUGUUGCUGCCAAUGAUGCGGGAUCAGUGUCUACUGAUUGUGAAGUGCUUGUUGAAGAGAAAGUCAAAGUUCCACAGACAGUAAUGAACCGCGGUCGCCUUUCCCAAAUGGCCCCCGAAUUUGUCCAAGAAUGUACCGACAUCUGUGUGGUAAAGAAUUCCACUGCACAGUUAGAAAUAAUAGCCGCUGGCAGCCAACCACUGCAGAUUCGCUGGUUUAAAGACAACGAGCCGAUCAAGUAUGGAAAGCGGUUGAAGAUGUCGUCUGAUGGAGAACACUGUUCGCUGAAGAUUUCCCCUGUUGAGAUUCAGGAUCAAGGGAUUUACAAGUGUGUUAUAUCUAACAAGGCUGGAACACAGUCCUGUGAGGCGAAGUUAGCUGUGGAAGAAUUAGUAGAUUUUAAAGAAAGUACCGAUGGCACAGCCCCAGGCUUCCCAGUGACAAAACGGCCAUCCAGGUCAAAGAGUGGUGCUAAACCGACAAUCCUCUCCCCUCUGGGGGAUAUCGAGGUUAACGAUGGUGAAAAUGUCACUUUGGAGGUGACUUCCGGUCCUGAGCCCAUUGACAACAUCGAGUGGUUCAAAGACAAUGACCUGAUCCGCUCUCAGCCUCGAUUCACUCAAUCAUCAGCGGGCGAGCAACACACCUUGGACAUUCAGUCAGUCACUGUCGAUGACGAAGGAAUUUAUAAAUGCGUGCUGCUCAAUAACUGGGGCAUUGCUUCGUGUUCGGCUGAAGUCCUAGUGGAAGAGUCAAUGUCAGAAUCUUCAUCCCAAGAUGACGAACAACUUGUAAAGUUAAACGCCCGAAUGGAACGUCGAAGAUCACGUGACAGCGUCUGCGAGCCAGAAUUCCAACAAGAGCUUAGCAACAACGAUGUCUUUGUCGGGGACACUGUAUACUUUACUGUCAAGUCGAGAGGCAUACCGGAACCGGAAGUCUCAUGGUACAGGAAUGGAGAUCUUGUGAAGGAAGACUCAAGAGUGAAGUUUAUCAAAGAUUCGCAGACUGGAAACUAUUCCAUUCUCAUCAACAAAGUGGCCGUGGAGGACGAGGGCGAGUAUCGUUGUGUGGCUUCCAACAUGGGGGGAUCUGUUGCCUGUCAAGCAAAACUUUCGGUCAAAGCGCUUGGACAACGUGAAGCGCCUUCAUUCACAGCGCCGCUAACCGAUCGCUCCAUCGAAGAUAGCAGUGCAGCUAGGUUUGAUGUGCGCGUGCGUGGAAAGCCUACCCCGACAGUCACUUGGUUCAAAGACGGCAAAAAGAUCAGUGGUGAACAGUUUCCGCACAUCAAAGUUUUGCAGGAGAGAGACUUGUUCUCUAUUCUGAUAACAGAAGGCAAGUUUGAAGAUGCUGGAAUGUAUAAAGUUGUUGCCAAAAAUGAUCUGGGAGAAGUGUCCUCUACUGGAGUGCUAUUUGUUGAAGGAGCCGAUCAAUUGUCACCCUUUGCUGGAGAAAAACCUCCGCGUAAGAACUCAGGCCUGUCAAGAGUUGAAGAGGUUCUCACGCUCAAACUAUACACGGCAAUUGAGGACUUCUACUCAGAAGAGACUGGAAACAAAUUCCUUAAGAAGUGCGACAAAGUCGAAGUACUAGAUACCAGCAGACCUGAGUUCUGGUUGGUCAGACGGGUGUCACGUGGGUCAGAGAUUGGAUUUGUACGUCACACAUGCCUGAAGAGAGACGAAGAUGGGGAUGAAACCACAGACAUACCAAUGAGAGGAGAGAAACAGAAGUUUGUGUGUAUCACCAACUACCCGGCCCAGGCCUCUGAUGAGGUCUCGGUAAAUGAGGGAGACAUGUUAGAGAUCCUUGAUGACGUAGGCUUGGAGAGCUCGAUGGUCUGCGUUAUUCCCACUGGCGCUGUCGGGUGGUUACCGAGGGUCUUUAUCAUAAGGGCCCCUGAGGAAGAUGUGAAGAAGGCCCCAAAGACUGCUAAAGGGAAAGAGAGGGAGGCGCUCAUUCAGCGAGAAUUCGUGCUAAACGAACUGAUAGAAUCUGAAAGGAAGUACGUCAACGACCUCCGAACUGUUGUUGAGAGUCAUUUAGCUGAACUUGAUGCAGCAGAUAUUCCCGACGAAGUUGUUGAACAUGAGGAUGCUGUGUUUUCCAAUAUCAAGGAAAUAUACGGAUUUCACGCAAGACAAUUCCUGCACGAACUGGAGGCUUGUGCAAAGAGUCCAGAUGACUUACCAAAGGUUAUUUUGAGACACAAAACAAAAUUUGAAAUGUACAUCAAGUUCCUUGAGGGAAGACCGUUGGCAAAUGAAAAGUUGGAGAGUGAGGAAACACAAGGGUUUUGGACGGAGUUCCAGGAAGACACAAAAGAUGCUAUGUCCCUCACAGAGUACCUUAAAAAACCAGCACAGCACCUUGAUGAAUACGUCCUGCUUCUUAAGGAAUUGCUCAAGUUCACUGUACGUGCCAAUCUGCAGCACUCAGAUUUUCAGGCGGCUCUUGAAUUCCUAGCUAGUCUAUCCCGACGAGCAAAUGAAGCGACACAAAAAUCCUACAUCGAGGGAUACAAUGGUGAGGUUCCACUUGAAAGUCUCGGGAGACUCAUCCGCCAGGAGGUGGUGCUAUUCUGGGAAGAGAAAGCUCGAGGAAAAGGAAAAGAGCGGGACUUGUUCUUGUUCGAGAAAGGAAUUGUAAACACGAAAAGAAAAGAAGGAGGAAGAAAGUUCAUCUUUAAAAACGUGCUGAAGCUGACAAGUGGUAAUGUUGGUCUGACUGAACAUGUUGAAGGUGGUGCCCGUCAGUUCAUGGUGUGGGUGGGUACUUCCAUCACCACUGCUCUGGUACUCCAUACCUUUGAGACAAAGACCGAGUGGUCCAAACAGGUCUGGGUUCGAGAAAUUAAAAGGCUAUUACAUCUGAGUGAAAAAUCACUAAUUACUGCUGUUGCACCAUCUCUGAUGUUUGGUGAACUUGAAGUUCAGUUACCGAGUGCUUCAUCUACAGAGGGAAAUCUGGUGACUACAGUCAAAGAAACUAUCACCAGUCCUUCUUACUCGCAUUUGAUUGCUGAGCUUGAAAAACAGUACGUGGCCAUCACACCACCAGACUCGCCUGAACCUCAACGUCUGAACAUUCAACUAGGAGGCACCUAUCACUUGUCCGAAGAAACACUGGAAAGAGAUACACAUGAGCGGGUAAUCGGCCGCGGUGAACAAGUACGGGUGCUCCGCUCAGGCCGAGAUCUCUACUUCGUGCAAACGGUCAAAGACAGAGAAACCAAAGAGGGCUGGGUUCCUGGAAGCUGGUUGCUAGAAAGAGGAUUUGAAGACCAGAUUGCGGGUGCUCAAAUUCAGCUAGAGCUGGAAGCUGGUUUAGAGGAUGAUAUUCCACAAGAUUUGAGUUCAGAAGCGUCCGAACCGGAGCUGCAACGGCUCAAAGAAACUGGAGAAGCUCAGCCGAAGUUUACAGAGGAACUUGAAGACAUCGAAGUUUGUGUCGGCCAACCUGCCAGUCUGCGCUGUCGAGUGGAAGGAGAUCCUUUCCCAGACAUAGAAUGGUUUGUAGAUGAUGACAAAAUCAAGAAAGGGGGAAGAUUUGACUUUCUCAGUAACGGAGACCUUGUUACUCUGAAAAUUUCCGAAACAAGUGCCGAAGACGAAGGAGAAUACAAAUGCACAGCCACGAAUGAAAACGGAAUGGCUUCCACAAGUGCUGAGCUCAUAGUAAAUGCUCCAGCGAAAAUCGACAAAGCUCCCAAGUCUCAAACGGUCAGUGUCGGGGAUGUGGUUUCUUUCAAGUGUGAAAUUUCUGGAAAUCCCAUCCCGACUGGAACUUGGUACAAAGGCAAAAAAGAGCUGAAGGAUGAGGGAAGAGUGCUUAUUGAAAUCGCAGAGGACUUCUCCGAGCUAGAAAUUGAAAAUGUUGAAACCUCCGACGAAGGAGAAUACACCUGCCUGGUGAAAAACGACUUUGGAGAGGACACGUGCUCAGUGACUCUUACUGUGAAAGGCGGGGGAGAUGUCAAUGAAAACAAUGUCGAUAAAGGUGGUGAUGAAGCUGUAGCCAAAGACGAUGACGGUGAUGGUGAGAGUGACGUAGAAAGCAAGGACCUUGACCUUCCGCUUCGAGAUCCAGUCUUCCUGCGGACGGAUAAGAAAUUUGACGAUACUUACGUGUCUCAGAAAGAGCUCGGAAAGGGCAAAUUUGGUGUUGUCAAAAAAGUUAAAGAAAAAAGCACUGGGACGGAAUACGCCGCCAAGUUCCUAAAAAUCACCAAGGAAUCAAGAGAAGAAGUUCUGGCAGAAAUGCUUAUCAUGAAUGAACUGCACAGUAAACGGCUCAUCUACCUCCAUGAUGCAUACGAGAGACCAAAAGAGAUGAUUAUAGUCUUGGAACUGAUCUCUGGAGGCGAGCUGUUCGAGAAAGUCUGUAAUGAUGAUAACUUAACCGAGAAAGAAGUUGUGCGGUACAUGAAGCAAAUACUGCAGGGCGUUGAACAUAUGCACAGGAAACGUAUUGUCCAUUUGGAUCUUAAGCCUGAAAAUGUACUUUGUGUCAUUCGCCCUGAUGGUAAGGAAGAUCUUAAGUUGAUUGACUUCGGAAUGGCUCGUGUACUUGAACCAGGAAAAAGCGUCAAAGUGGCCUGUGGUACGCCCGAAUUUGUAGCACCCGAAGUGAUCAGUUACGAAGCUAUCAGCCUUGCUAGUGACAUGUGGAGUGUGGGCGUCAUAGCUUAUGUUCUGCUGAGUGGUCUGUCACCCUUCAUGGGAGACGAUGACAAUGAGACCAUACAGAACGUGUCCACUGCUGAGUGGGAUUUUGAAGACGAGGCUUUUGAUGUCGUGUCAGACAUGUCCAAGAAGUUUAUUGAGGAACUGCUCAUCAGAGGUCCCGAGAAGAGAAAUGAUGUUUUCAAAUGUAUGAACCAUGAUUGGUUGAAGAAAGUCAAAACACUCAAGGCUCAGAAGCUCAGUACGGAAAACUUGAAGAAAUUUAUUGCACGCCGUCGUUGGGCGAGAACAGCGAAUGCUUUGCGAGCUCUGAGUCGAAUGGGAUCUCUAGGUGGGCUGAUGGCUGGAGGAGGCAAACCUGGUGGCGCAGCUGCUGCCCCUAAAACGGGUGGCUUUCUAAAGAAGGUAAAAGAAGAGAAGGCCAAGGAGGAAGUUCAGGAGAAAGGAGCCAAAGCGGAGCCGAAGAAGGAGCCAGUCAAGAAGGAGGUACCUAAGGAGGAACCGAAGAAAAUUUCACCAGGUGAUAGCCUCGUACCAGAAAGACGGGGCCUGAGUUAUUCAGGUCGCCGAAGUCCCGCCUUGAGUGGCAGGAGAAGCCCGAUGUCUCGGGCAGAAGCCCAUGGCAUGCCACUAGGUCCCCCUGUCUUCAUUCAACACCUGACGAAUUGCGAGAUCAUAGAGAACAGCGCCGCCAGAUUUGAAUGCAAGGUUAGCGGUAACCCUGAACCGGAAGUGGAAUGGUAUAAAGACGGGAAGCUACUGAAGGAAAGUAAACAGCUCACAUUCCUAUACGAUGACAACGACAACUGUAAACUUAUCAUCACUAAGGGAACUGCAGCCGACGCAGGCGAAUACACGGUAGUAGCCAAGAAUCCUCACGGUAAAGUAUCGAGUAGCGCACGAUUGCUAAUCGACACGGGUUCAACGGACGAUGAAACCGCGAGCGACUCCGAACUCUCUGAACCGUCUGGCUCUGAAGCUGAGGAGAGAACAAUGACUCCAAAAGAGGAAAAGAUUACGAAGUACUACACUGUUCAAGAUGAGCUCGGCAAAGGUCGCUUUGGUGUUGUGUGCAAGUGCAUUGACAAUAAAACUGGCCGCGCCUAUGCAGCCAAGUUCAUCAAAUGUACUGCGCCCAAGGACAGACAAGACGUCAUACACGAAGCAGAGAUCAUGAGUUCUGUUCGGCACAGGCGGCUUCUUCGGCUUCAAGAUUUCUUCCAGACACCCACGGAGAUGAUACUUGUCAUGGAUCUCGUCACGGGUGGAGAGCUGUUUGAGAAGGUGGUAGAAGAUGAGUUCAUCUCGGAGAUAGAAGUGUCGCAUUACAUGAAACAGAUAUUGGAAGGUGUUCAGCACUUGCAUCAGCGAGAGGUUCUCCAUUUAGAUCUCAAACCCGAAAACAUCAUGCUUAUUAGACCGGAAAGUAAACAAAUCAAGCUUAUUGACUUCGGCCUGGCGAGGAAGUACAACCCGAAGGAAAACCUCAAGGUAAUGUUUGGAACACCAGAAUUUGUCGCCCCAGAAGUCAUUACAUACGAGCGAAUUACACCUGCCACGGACUUAUGGUCUAUUGGAGUCAUAGCAUAUAUUCUGCUGAGUGGUUUAUCGCCUUUUAUGGGGGAUACUGAUGCAGAGACCCUGACGAAUGUCCAACUGGCGGAGUGGGACUUUGACGAUCCUGUCUUUGAUGAUAUCUCAGAUGAAGCGAAAGACUUCAUCAGUGGUCUUCUUGUGCUUAAAGCAAACAAAAGGAGUACGGUCGAUCAAUUACUUAAACAUCGCUGGUUCACCAUCAAGAAGGACAAAGGGAAGAAACUGAAAACCGAUCGUCUUAAAGCAUUCACCGCGCGAAGGAAAUGGAGGCGAGCCAUCACCGCGAUCCGAAGCACGAACUUUUUGAGCCGGAUUCUCGGAAGUCGGGGAUCCGAUGAUAAGAAGAGCAGCGGCGGUGGAGGGGGUGGAUUGUUAGCCCGAGUCAAAGCAAUGCAUGCUGCCGGUAUACAAGGUUCGGAAGGGGGUGUCCCCCCGGCGUCGUCUCCUUUCCUAUCACCUGCCUCAGCAGCUUUCAGCACCAGUAACAGCUUCACAUCAGUAACAGUAACAGAAAGAACGCAAACGCAGGGAGAGACAACUGUUACAGAGAAAGAGACAGUGACUGUUACCAAAGACGGACAAACAACUGUUGAAGAAAAAGAAACUACAACAAGAAUCGGCGAAACCACACAGCAAGAAAACAAAACCGAAGAAGUCGAUAAUGGUAAGACGGGCGGUCUUGGAGGAGCAGCCAACACUCCACAAGCCAUCGCUAAGCGCUAUUCCACUGGUGGAGUGGCACUUAAACUGGAAAAUGUCGACAAGUUUUGGGGAAUAAAGCACGAAAUAGCAAAGGGUCGUUUCUCAGUUAUAAAGCGCUGCUUAGACGCCAAAACAAAGAAACCUUUUGUAGCGAAAAUAAUCAAAUAUGACGACGACACAGACCGCGAAGAUACUCUUCAGGAAUUUGACAUCCAUCGAAGCAUCAAAGGAGACAAAGUCGUUAUGUUGCGAGAUGCAUUCCUCGUGAGGAGAUAUCUUGUCCUUGUUAUGGACAUGCUGGAGGGACAAGAUAUCCUAAGCUUUGUUGGAUCAAAACCCAGGCCGAGUGAGGAAGACAUCUGUUUUGUAAUUCGACCUUUGCUUGAUGUAGUGAAUUAUCUUCAUGGCCAGCAGAUUGUUCACUUAGACAUAAGGCCUGCAAACAUUUUCAUUGCCAAGAGUAACCUGGGUGUGAAACUUAUCGAUUACGGAAGUGCACGCCGCAUCAAGAACUGGAAGGAAGGUGACAUGCUGGCCAUUGUUAGUUAUGUUGCAUUCACAGCUCCAGAGCUGCUGGACUUCGCUCCCGUCAGUGGACCAGCAGACAUGUGGAGCAUUGGUGUUCUCAUCUACGCUCUCAUAAGUGGAAUGCUGCCUUUCUCCGUGGAAACGAAGGAUGACGAAGACGAAGAUGAAAAACUUGGUGAGGCGAUCAAGAGGGGUAAAUGGUCUUUUGACUCCAAAGCAUUUCAACGCAACACCUCAGAAGUAAAGGAUCUGAUCACUUCUCUACUUUCUAAGGACGCCAAAAAACGUCCCACCGCAGAAGAGGCUGCGAAACAUCCCUGGCUGAUGGGCGAUAACAUGCAGAAACGUCGUUCAAGUGACGUGGUGAGCUCCAAGCUCAAAGAUCUGAGCCAGAAACUUCUGUUAAAGGACAAGGAAGAUGUUGUGUCAGCGUCCUGUGUCCUAAAAACCUUCAACGAGGAUCCUUACGGCUCUCCAGACUCAGAUGAGGAAUAGUUCUGGGUACCUGACCUGUGUAUCGACAUAAAAGGAUACAAAGCGGCACGCGUCUGUGCCAAGAUCAACUAGCUAGUUCUGAAUAACAAUAACGCCUUGUAAACUUAGAGAGCGAUUUCAAACAUUUCGAUUAAGUAAAUUUAAUAAUGAUUUUUUUUACAAUCAUUUUCAAUAUUUUUCUUUAGACGUUUUGGUCCACGAAAGAGUAUUUAUUUUUGUAGGGAAUAUUUUUGUGGUAAUGUUAUAAUCCAAAUAUGCGUUUUUUACUAGUAACCUGAAGCAAGUCAUUGCUUUAUGAUGCAUUUUAGUAGUAAAUGCUUUUGCACAUUAUUCCUCUUCGUUCUAUUUGUUUAUGAAAUGAAAGUAGAUAUAUUACAAUUUAGACAAAAGAGUUAAGUUACAACAUGAAAGAGUGCUUCUAUUGUUUAAGGCAAACUCAUUAAUCAGACAUAAUUGUCGUGAUUUCACUAUGGAAUUGCCAUUUUAGUAUUUCUGUUCAGACAAACAUUUGCAAGUGAAAUAAAACACGUUUCAAAUA